AUGAAAGCGAAAGAAUCCAAAAAACGUUAUUUUGCAAAACUUGAUGCUGAUCCCGUGAAGAAAGAAGCGGCACACAAGAGACGUCUUGAGCUGUACAGACUGGCACAGAAGCGUAGAGAUGCGAAAAUGACAGAAGAGCAACGGCGAAACUUAAAGAAGGAGAGAUAUAUUGCCAAUAAAGCACUUCGCGAGAAAAAGAGGGUAACUACUUAUGGAGGUUUUAGCUCACUCAAAUCUUUAGAAUGGCAUAAUCUGAAAGAGCUGGAAGCGAAUGGGAAAGCAAAUGAGGCAGAUUUGGCAAAGCUCAACGAGUUCAGGCGAAAAGAUCGAGAGGCGAAGAAAAGGCAAUAUAAACGAUUAAGCUGUGUUUUCGGGGGCGAGUGUAUCGAAAAGGGGCUAGAUCGUGACGCCGACUCAAGUAGGAUUGAUUGGUCAGAUAUUGAAGAUAUAGUACCAAUGGAGGCUGAUAAGGAAUGGCGAAUAUACCAAUAUCAAUUACAUCAUAACGUGAAAGAAGGGAAACCUAAAACAGAGAGACAAAUUCGUUGGGAACGAGAGAAAGAGUUAAGGAAGCAAUUGAAAGUGGACAAUCCCGAGAAGUUUAGGUUGCGAGCAGAAAGACGAAAACAAACGCAAGCACGGGCUAGAGAAAGAUACCUAGCAAAGCAAAGAUGUCUAGGAGAACAAUGCCCUCAGAUGAAAGCAAUGAAUUUAGCAAGAGAUCGUGUCCGAGCAAGAAAGCGUACUGCGAAUAGGAAAGCACGGACAGGAUACACUUCACUGAAAAAUGAAAAAUUUGACAAGCUCCGAACCCUAGUUACAGAAGGUAGAGCUUCACCAGCACAAGAAGCCGAGCUCCAGAGUUUACGAGAAGCUGCAAAACUUUCAAAUAGAAAACGUACGGAGAGAAGGACGCUUUUAAGACUGGAGAAUGACAGCAAAAGACAAAAGACUUCUCAUUCAGUUCAUGUUCUCGACCCUUCUUCCGAUCUAUACCCUAAAUUGAGAAUGCUCAGACGCUCAGUAUGUGUACUUUCGAUAGCCUUAGUAAUGACCAAAGCUUCAGUGUAUUCCGUCCCUACAAGUUCCUUGACAUCGAACCAAACUAGAGCGGAAGGAGAGUGGUCAGGAUUAAGUGACAUUGUAGAAAUCAAUAAGUUCGAUCCAAGCUGGGGACAAGAAGCUGAAAGUUUGCCAAAGGAAGACCAUAUCAAAAACUCAAAGAAUCAUACGGAACCUUCUGAAGCAGCCAAUAAUGGAAAGGCUGGCGGUAAGAAACGCUUUUAUCCAAGAAGUAAAGAGAAGCAGAAAGAAUAUCGUCAACGAUUCAAUGAAAAGGUGAAGUCAGAUCCAGUAAGAAACAAGUUUUAUAAAGAGCGCAAAAAGCAAUGGAAUGCGAAAUGGGAGGCAAACUAUACCUCAAAAUUCACAUCACAAGAAAAAGAAGCGUACGAGCUUGAUAAAAGGAGUAGGAAGAAGCAAUCUAAUUUGCGUGGAAGGGCGAGAUUUGGCGGUUUUUCUUGUGGAAAAAUGCAACGCUUGAAUCAAAUCAGGAACUUGCAAGCCAAAGGGGCAGCCUCGGAAGAAGACUUGAAGUUCUUGCAUGAUUACCGAGCGUCCGAGAGAGAAAGAAGAAAAAAGGCCAAAGAAGCAAGAGAGGGCUUGGCGAGAAAAGGCCAACUUGACACAAUGAUGAUCACAGCUGGUGUCAUAUAUGUGUUGCUCUUUCUACUUUUUCCUGGUUACAUGAAAGCUGGAGAAGACUCUCCAUCGCAUUUCUUAAAUCUCGAUUGGGACAAAUUCGAUCACCUUUACGAAUUUCAUCAUGAUGGAGUUCCGUCUGCGCCACUCACUGGCGAUCACGUAACUUCAAAAGCGAUGGUAAAACCUCUGCUCAAGGAUAAUGAACAAAAGCCUGACAUUCAACGAGAAAAAAGACCAUACACAAAAAAGAUAGUGUCCGAGAAAGAAUACAAUAGGAUUCGAGGAAUGAAAGCAAGAAAUGUGGUGCAAAUGAAACUCGCAAACAUGUCAGAAGCGGAAGUUAUCGCUUACAAGGCAAGAAUAACACAAAAGAGACAAGAUCGUGAACGUAUAAUGAAGGAAAAGACAGGAUAUCGUACUCCAACGCAAUACAAGUAUCAUACACUCAAAAGGCUAGUGGAAAGUAAUCAGGCUAAUCAAGCACAAGAAAACGAAUUCAACAGACUUAAGGAAUUGAGCAGAAAAGCUUCUGCUCGCGCUAUUCAACGAAAAAGGGCUGCAGGGAGCAAGAAGACAUAA